AUGGUCUACCCUGAAGAAAACAGGACGUGGCAGAUCCUCGACGCCGCACGCAAAGGCGGUUAUGCCGUCGGUGGCUUUUGCGUGUACAACGUCGAGGGCGUCCUUGCCGUCAUCCGCGCCGCCGAACGCUGCCGCUCCCCGGCCAUCAUCCAGCUCUUCCCCUGGUCCAUCCACUUCCAGGGUCCGGCGUUUGUCCGCUACGUGGCCGACGUCGCCCACGCCGCGGCCGUGCCGGUGGCCGUCCACCUCGACCACUGCCUGCAGCCCGCGGACGCCGACCGGGCGCUCGACGAGUGCGCCUUUGACUCCAUCAUGGUCGAUGGGUCGCUGUUUCAGGAGGAAGAGAACAUUCGCUACGUCAAGGGUAUCGUCGAGCGCGCCGCCCGGCAGAACGUCACCGUCGAAGCCGAGCUGGGCCGCAUGGAGGGCGGCGAGGACGGCAUCCCGUUCCUGGAGCUCGAGCAGGUCCUCACGAAACCGCAGGACGCGGCGCGCUUUGUCCGCGAGACGGGCACGCACUUUCUGGCGCCCAGCUUCGGCAACGUGCACGGGCCCUAUGGACCGGGCGGCGCCGAAGCCUGGUGGCAGCUGGACCGUCUGCGGCAGAUCCACGAGGCCGUCGGCACAGACGUGCCGCUGGUGCUGCACGGAACGCACCCGCUGUCCGACGCGCUCAUCCACACGUCGAUGCAGCUCGGCAUGGUCAAGAUCAACCAGAACCGCAACGUGCGCCUGGCGUACCACAAGUUUGUCGAGGACCACUGCGCCACCAAGGAGCUGACGGCGCUGCAGAGCGAGGGCGUCGAGGUCUACUCGCGCGAGAUUGAGCGCAUGAUGCACGUCUUCAAGUCGGCAGGGAAGGCAUAG